UCGGUAAUGGCCGUAAUGGCUGCGCGCUGCGAGUUUCGCGAUAUGUGUUGUGUUGCUUUUGGGUGUGAUGAAAUGUCAGAUUCCUGACCCAUGUCUGAUGCUGCGACAACGUGUCAGAACGCACUGUGCACCUGACAAGUGAACCGGAAAGCACGGAUCUCUUGAAAUCGUUCGUUGCAGGCCAAGUGGGGAGAGAAUUCGUCGUGACCGUCAUGAUCUGCGCCGGUUGACAUGACUUCAGACGUCGCGCCGAGACUUGUCCGCGCAAUCCACAAUUUCAAGGGGAAAAACAAUGAUGAGCUGUGCUUCAAGAAAGGUGACAUCCUGACGGUGACGCAGGCCUUGGAUGGGGGCUGGUGGGAAGGCACCCUCCAGGGCAACACUGGCUGGUUUCCUAGCAACUAUGUCAAAGACCACAAGCCCCAAGCUGGUGAUGCGUCUCGGGUUAUUGGAGUCCAGGCCCGGGCGCUUGACCACUCACUCAGCUCAAGGCAUCGGAACAUGGUGUUCAAAGACAUCCUGGACACGGAGGCAAGCCAUGUGCAUGAGCUGAGGACCCUGAUGAGCAGCUACCUGCAGCCCCUUGAGCAAUCUGGCUUGUUGAGUGACCAGGACCUGCGGCAACUGAUGGGCAACCUUCCUGCUGUGCUGGAGGUGCACACGGAGUUGCUGGAGGCAUUGGAGGGCGUCAGAGAGCAGCCAAGCCGAGACCAGCGGGUCGGUGGUGCCUUCCUGCAAAUCGCAGCACGAAUGAAGGCCAGCCAGCUGAUCUACUGUGCCAACCACCCACGUGCCAUUCAGCUCUUGGACAAGCUCAAAGAUAUUUUAGGUCCCUGGCUAGAGCAGCUUUCGCCACCUGGCGCCACCCUUCUGACUUUGACGACAGGGCUGAGCCGGCCAUUCCGUCGCCUCGACAAGUACCCGGCCCUGCUCACUGAGCUCCAGCGGCACACUGAGGAGAGCCACAUAGACCGCGGGGACACACAAAGAAGCGUCUUCGUCUACAAGGAGAUGGCAGCCAGCUGUUCUACCAUGCGACGCCAGAAGGAGCUGGAAUUGGAGGUGCUCGCUGGCACUGUGGAUGGUUGUGAGGGAGAGGAGCUCCAGUGCUUAGGCGAGCUGCUACACGUGGGUCCUGUGGUACUGUUGACCGGGGAAGAGCGGCGUGACCUUUACCUGGCACUGUUCUCCAGCUGCCUGGUGCAGCUGUCCCUCUCCAAUGGGCGUUUCUCUUACCAGGGUCGCUUCCCUUUACUGGGCUUGACAGUCGCGAACUCCCAGGAUCCAGCUGAUGGCUGUGCCUUUGACAUUCAAGGUCCUUCAGUGCCACGUAUGACAGUGCUCUGUCGGAGUGCAGAAGAGGCAUCCCAGUGGAAGUCCAAGCUGAGCUGCUCACCCACGCCGCCGCCUGCACCCAGCCCCCUCCGACGGGCAGUGGCACAAGUGAACACCCCUACACCAGCUCCCACCGUCACAGUGGUCCGGCCAAUGGAAACUCCUGUGCCACAGCGCUCCUUGCAUGUGGUGCUGGGCCCACCCACCGAGAGGACAGCCGUGCCAGAGAGCUCAUCAGUAUCACAGAGUGGUGGCUGGUGCCUGCGACCGCAUCCACCCCUGCGUCCCCGACCAACAGCUAGCCGUGCCCCGAACCGGCACCAUAAGCAGCAACGGAGACCUGGUCCUGCUGAAGACAGGGCUCCGCAUGUGGAUGACAUGCAGCUGCUGCAAGUCAUUGAGGCCUACUGUGGCAGCAGUUGUCGAGCGAGGCACACAGUGAACUCAGCAUUGAUGAACUGCCCACAAGUCUUAGUAGCAGAGGAUGAGAAAAUUAUUGUUGAAGACAACAAAGGCAUGGAGGAGAGAAGCCUUGUUGACACUGUCUAUGCCCUAAGAGACCAGGUCAAGGAACUGCGAACUGAGACCAGUCAGCUGUCGCGCGCACUUGAGGAAGAGCGACAAGCACGGAUGCGACUGGAGGCUCUACUACGGCAACACUUAUUGCUAAGCUCUUGCGACCAGCCCCUGCUCAUCACAGAGUCCUGACCAGCAUGCUAUGAGGCCACCAUCGGAUGCCCACACACAAUGUUCUUUGUUGCUCUUGUGUGGUGUAUGCAUCCAAAGGACACUGCAGUGCAGCCAGUUGCUUCAGUGCUUCUCCAUCCAUUUGUUCUCCGAGCAUGUGGCAGCUGUCUCUUGGGCAUGGCACGGUGGCAAAAGGCUGGCCUAUCAACUGUCGUGUCGUGUCUCAACGUCGUGCACAAUGGCAGCAUUGUCCCCACUCCAAAGCUCACGUCUAGGUAGCUGGGUGUAAGUAUUCAGAUGUGGGUACAGACAGCGAUCUGGACCAGCAUUGUCGUCCUUCUCUUUGAUAUGCUCAUGCCAUUGAUGCUGCCACUGCAGCAAGGAACAGAAGUUUCACCCUUUCCCUGGACUGUUCAGACUCUGCCGCAUGAUGGUGCUGUUCUGAAUGCCGUGAAGAUGGCAAAAGGACGAUGGCUGGUGCAGAAGACCCUUGUUAUAACCAGACCACUGUAUUUUUUCAGUACCGCAGUACUGCCAGAUAAUGCUUGAUGACCAAAAAGGAGCUUGAGAUGAUUUCGAUGGCUGUGCACCGAUGCAUUGAUUAUGUAAGGGGGGCCCUUGUGAACAUUAAGGGUAGAUUUUAAGUGUUCGCAAGAACACACUUGUUCAAAAAUAGUGGAAGUAGACGACCCUCAUGUCACGAAACGGUGUUGUGCCCAAGUAGAUAGCUAUUGUACAUAGCUAUUGCUGCAUGGAACUUGAGUGUAGGGGUAAAGCCAUAAUCUGAGACAAAAGUAAUAAUUUUAGUCAUGUUACAAACCAUUUAAUACAGUGAUCUCUAGUAAAAUUUAUAGCUCUUUUAACGUGUACAUUCAAUCAAAUUUCUGUGGGAAACCUUUGCUUGAAAGGUAGUGUCCUUGCUCAAGUGAUUCUCUUAGAUAUGAUAAAAAAAGGUAGAAUUGUUCCAGGGAUGCAUUGUUAAAGCAGCAGCCACAUGGAAUGUUUUUUUCACCAAAAUUUUCACACAGGUCAUUUCUGGUGUGUGGACCAUUUGCACAUCACAGUACCUGCGAGGUCAUGAUAACAUACAGUAAUAAGCUGACUUGUGCAGUGCCUGCACAAGUCAGGCGACGCAUUCUUUGGAGCUGCUGCUUAGUAACGUGCCAAGAAGUAUUGUGGCUGCUCUGUUGUGCAUCUGCUGUUCUGUAAACUUGUGUGAAGGAGUCUGUACACUGUGCUAAGUUGAAUUCUAGUGGUUGUUUUAGAGAAGCUACCUGAACCCUUGAGCAAGCGCUUAGACAAUGCUAAGAUUUUGCAAAUUCAAAUCUGCUGGAGAAAAACAUAUACGUACUAUUCCACGCUGUAUAACGAUAGAAGUUGUCAUGCACAGCCGGCAGAAGUGACACUGCAAGGCACAGUGCUUCCAGUCAAAUUCAUUUAUCGACAGCAGAGCAAGAGAGAGCGAUACAUCGUAGAGUGAAUUGGUCCAAAACGUCCAGUGGUACAGAGAACACGUGAGCAACAAAACCUGCUCCAGAUACCAGCGGACAUUACUGUUAGAAAAAUAAAAUGCUUACAUUUAGAAGCGUUUGUAUGCAGUAUACUAUGUAGGCCUCUUUUUAAGCCCAACUAUGUAGGGCUUGGGGAAGCUCUCUCAAAGUUUUGGCAUAGCUCAAUUCUGUCCAAAAUAGCUGAAUGUAGGCAGAAAUGUCUCUUUAGAGCUGCCCACUCUGCAAAUUCAAAUACACACUCUUUCUGAAACAGUGUCUUUCUAGGUAGCUAUCACCGUAGUACACGGUGCAGUAUAUAUGCACCCAAUUUUAAGAGACGGGAUAGGAUCAGAGCAAUUUUUCUUUCUAAAAUGUCACUUUUUGUCAUUAACAGACUGUUUCCCAUCACUGCCAUUAUAUUGUAGCAUCAAAAUGUGCAGACCACCUAUCCCACUUUUAUGUGCCACACUUGUUACAAAAGGGCUGUCAUCACAGUUGGUUUCGUGCACAAGUCAUUGUUAUCCACAAUCUACAAAGGCAUUCUUAGUGGUGUCCUUUGGUUGGUUCUUUCAGUGCGCUUCGCACCGAUUUACCAUUAGUAUGUAAUGUAUAAACAUGGUGUUCAAUUCAUGAAGAGAUGCUGUGUAAAUGCGUCCUUGAUCACGUACAAUUGAAAAAAAAAAAAAAAAUCCAUGUGCCAUCCAGAUUGUGCUCUGAAAAUAAGAUGUUAAAACCUGUUAUCUGGCUGUUUUCACUCUGCAAGCACUCUAGGAGAAUAGACAAAACACUUAUGUGUAGCUAUGGGGCAGGGUGAGGUUGACUUGUGUGUAGUGCUUUCUUGUGGGUUUCCUUGUGCUACAUACAACGACCAUGAGCAUAUAAAUUCUAAGCCAUUUUGA